CAGUUCGAGUUCGGAGUUGAAAAAUGAUAGAAGCGCUUCUGACAAGUCUCUGAGAGGAGCUUCACUUUUUUGUGUGUUGGUGGCGGAAAAGAUCACUUUUCUCUGUGAAUUUUCACGGAAAUCCAGUCAAUCUUGACGCCAGAGUUUGCAGAAUUGCACGGGAAGAUGCGUGAAGUUGUGUGUUUUGGUCAAAUAGCUGGGCAUGUGGCAUUAUUUGUGUAAAUCAGCUCGAGUUUGUGCGCGACGAAACAAAAAUGUCGUCACAGUGAGGUGUAUUUUGAGUGUUUGACAAAAUAUCUGGGCAUUUUCUGUGUUGUCUCCGUGUCGUGGAGGUACCUUUUGGGGCACUUGGCAGUGAAAGCGAACUAGGGAAUCCGCACGUAGUGCUUGUCGGUGGGAAAAGGGUUGUCGAGCAAGUGUUCUCCGUGGUGCUCCAUUGCCUGUGGCGGAGGAAUUGCAUAUAGUUGCCAGUGGAGGAAGCACAGCCAGUCACAAUUUCGGAUAACAGCGAAGCGAUAGGAUCUAUUCAGGAACUUGCAGAGGAGCCUUCUGCCAACAUGGUGAAGCGCACCGACGGUACAGAGUCUCCGAUUUUGGCGGAAAGUGACUCCGACAAGCCAAAAGUGAAAUACGGAGAAUUAGUUAUUUUAGGAUACAAUGGCUUCCUACCACAGGGUGAUCGAGGUCGGCGUAAAUCGAAAUUCGUCUUGUACAAGAGAACAGAUCCGAAUGGUGUGAAGCGUUCCAAGCACUAUAUUGUUCAAUCACCACAGACAUCACAGGCGAUCCUGGAUACUAAGCAGCACUCGAUCUCAUACACACUAUCCCGAAAUCAGGCAGUGAUUGUGGAAUACAAGGAAGAUGUAAACACCGAUAUGUUCCAGGUUGGCAGAUCAUCAGAAUCUCCCAUUGAUUUUGUGGUAAUGGACACCCUGCCCGGUGAUAAGAAGGACGCCAAGGUGAUGCAGAGUACAAUAUCGAGAUUCGCAUGCAGAAUCCUCGUGGAUCGAUCAGAGACCUCAAAGGCGAGAAUAUACGCUGCUGGCUUCGAUUCCAGCCGAAAUAUCUUCUUAGGGGAAAAAGCUACGAAGUGGCAGGACAAUGUGGAAAUUGAUGGUCUGACGACGAAUGGUGUCUUAAUAAUGCAUCCUGAGGGCCAAUUCUGUGGCGGCAAUGCCAAAUGUGGUCUGUGGCGUGAAUGUUCAGUGGGUGGCGAUGUGUUCAGCUUGCGUGAGUCGCGAUCGGCCCAGCAGAAGGGUGUUCCUGUGUUCGAUGAGUCCAAUAUACUGCAGGAUGGGACGUUAAUUGAUUUAUGUGGUGCUACCCUACUGUGGCGAUCGGCCGAAGGACUCCACAAUUCACCAACCAAAAGAGACCUCGAGAAAUUAGUGGAUGAAAUCAAUGCUGGACGUCCACAAUGUCCGGUUGGCCUCAACACAUUAGUUAUUCCACGGAAGGUUACUCUCGGUGAACAUGUAAACCAGCCCUAUGUCUAUUUAAAUUGUGGCCAUGUCCAAGGACACCACGAUUGGGGUCAGGACAAGAGCACGGGAGCCAGACGAUGUCCAAUGUGUCUGGAGAUGGGACCCGUUGUGACACUGUGUAUGGGAAUCGAACCUGCCUUCUAUGUGGACUCUGGACCGCCAACUUAUGCAUUUAAUCCGUGUGGUCACAUGGCGACAGAGAAGACAGUCAAAUACUGGGCCAACGUGGAUAUUCCUCACGGCACAAAUGGUUUCCAAGCUGUGUGCCCAUUCUGUGCUACGCCUCUAGUCGGAACUCCGGGCUAUAUCAAAUUAAUUUUCCAAGAUAAUCUCGAUUGAAGAAAAUGAGUGUUGAACGAUGACUAUGUAUGUAUUUCUGUUUCUUCACUCGCUUCAAAAACACUGUUUUGCAGCGAAAAGGGAAGCGCGCGGGGCCUGAAGGGAAUGCAAGAGAGAGAGAGAGAAAGAGGAAGAGCGAGAGAGGGAGAGAGAGAGAGAGAGUUACGUUAAUUAUUGUUAAACAUUAGAUGGAAAAACGCAGUGAUGGCGAAAUGAUGAUAUUUUAGAGUGAAAAAUUCAUGUGCAUUGAUCAGAAUGAGUAAAGAGAAUAAAAAGAAUAAAGGAGAAGUGAAAGAAUUGAAAAUUUUUAUUUAAAAAACAAUUCCCAGUAAUUUUGUCUUUCAAUUUGUCUGCCAUAUAUAAUUGAUUUUUUUUUUACAUUUUAUAUUAGCUUCUUUUGUGAUACAAUAAUUCGCUUAAUUUUAAAUCAACGGAGAAGAGAAAAAAUAAAAUUGAAUUUUUGCAGAAACAAUGUUUUUUUUUUUAAUUAGACAACGAGUCUGUUAUUUAGUCAAAAAUAAUAAUAAUGAAAAAAGGCAAAAGAAAUAAUAGAGAACAAGAGGAGAAUGACGGUGUGAAGAGAAAAAAUAUACAUAAAAGUCUAUUACCACAAUUUGAUGUUGCGCAAAUGACGAAGAAAGAGGAGAAAACAAAUCAUGAAAAAAAUAGAAUAAACCUUGAAAAGUGUCACCAAAUUUAAUAAAUAAAUCGCAAUUCAAAUUUUUGAAUUUAGUGAGACAAGAGAGAGAGAGAACAAAUAUGAAAUAUUUUAAUGAAGAAGAAGAAAAAAAAAUUAGCUAAUUCCUCAAUGAAAAAAAAUAAAGAAAAGAUGAUCCAAAAUGAGAAUCACAGAAUGUUGUACAUAAAUAUUAUGGAAUAUUAUUUUAAACAGUGGUGUUUAAGGGGAGUGAGAAUGUCGUCUCUGUUUAAGAUGAAAUAUCACGGAAAUAGAUAUAAAAAAAAUGCUGUUUUAGUCUCUGUGUGGAGAAUGCAAAGAGAAUAUCAAUCACAUUUUAGUAUUUCCUGCACCUUUGUCAGAACCAAAACCAAUUCACAGUGACUUCAAUGUUGAUUUUUGCGUUGAAACAUUGCGCGCUGUAUUCUUUCCGAGAAAAAGGCAAGAGAGAGGAGAAGAAGUGGGAAAAAGUUAUCCUUCCGUCGCGUGGAAGGGAGGAGAAAGUAUAGUAAAAGAACAUGUCUAGAGAAAGAUUUAUUAACUAUGAUUAUUCUAAAAGUGAGUGGAAGUUGACAGCCGGUGUGCGUGUAAACUAAAGAGAUAUGAAUUAAUUGAUAAUGUAAUUUGUAGAUUGUAAGACUGCUAUUUGAUUUAAGGAUCGUUUUAAAAUAAAGUGAGAAAUUGUCUGAGAAAAUGGAAGAACAUUACAAAGAAAUGCAAGUGACGCGGAUGUGAGUGAGAGAGAGAGAGAGGACAAGAGUUUGCAAAGGACAACAUAUAAUUUGAUUUUAGGUGAAAAAAAAGAAGAAGAAUAAACAUGAGCGAUGUAUGAAAGAAGCGAAUUCAAAUGAAGUAUUCAUUGUGUUAUUUACAUAAUGUAAUAAAUUAAUUGAAAUGACACUUUC